AUGAGGAGCCUCCGGGCGGCAGCCGACCCCUCCGAGGGGCCCGACGCCGGCAAGGCCAAGUCUGAGUACCGAAACUACACGGAGGGGAAGCUGCUGGACCGCGUCUACAACACCUACCUGCUGAUGCACACCCACCAGACCGUCGACUUCGUCCGGAAGAAGAGCGCCGAGUACGGGACCUGCUCCCUGCGCAAGAUGAGCGCCAUGGAGGCGCUGGGGCUGCUGGACCAGCUGGUGGACGAGUCGGACCCGGACGUUGACUUCCCCAACUCCUACCACGCCUACCAAACCGCCGAGGGCAUCCGCCGGGCCCACCCUGACAAAGACUGGUUCCACCUCGUGGGGUUGCUGCAUGACCUGGGGAAGGUCCUGGCGCUGUUCGGGGAGCCCCAGUGGGCCGUGGUGGGGGACACCUUCCCCGUGGGCUGCAAGGUGCAGAAGUCAGUGGUCUUCGGCGAUUCCACCUUCCACAACAACCCCGACACCAGAGACCCCCUGUACAGCACCGAGUACGGGAUGUACCAGCCUCGCUGCGGCCUGGAGAACGUCCUCAUGUCCUGGGGACACGACGAGUACAUGUACAGAGUCAUGAAGUUCAACAACUUCGCCCUGCCCAAGGAGGCUUUCUACAUGGUGCGCUUCCACUCCUUCUACCCCUGGCACGCGCACGGGGACUACCUGCACCUCUGCACCGAGGAGGACCUCCGUAUGCUGCCCUGGGUCAGGGAGCUCAACAAGUUCGACCUCUACACCAAGCAGGAGGAGCUGCCCGACGUGCAGCAGCUCCAGGGCUACUACCAGUCCCUCAUCGACAAGUACUGCCCCGGGCAGCUCUGCUGGUGA